AUGAUAUAUCAGAUGGUCUUAUGUGCACUUUGCUUUCCUGGGGGACACCAGUUUCUUCAGAGCCCUUAUAAUGUCCAUUUUGACUCCUUGCACCUCCAGUAGUCAGCCAUUCAAGACCUGAUAUGUGUCCAUUCCCUUUCUCCUGGAUGGUAUCGAUUUCUGCUCUUUGACAGACCUGCUGAGAUACCGACCAAAUGUGUUGAGAUGAACCACUGUGGGUCACAGGCCCCCAUGUGGCUGCCUCUGAAAGAUUCAGAAACAUUGCCUCCACCUGGGGGACUCAAGCAACUGCCAGCUUGUGCCACAUGGCAGUUUUGUUCAGCACAAACCCCGAUCCUCUGGAUGGGGUUUAUGGAGCUAAUAAAAGAUAAUUGCUUAACAGAAAGUCAGCUGUCUGUCUCAUUAUCAUCACCACCUCCAGGAAGGCCAAAGGUUGUGGUGGAGCUUAUUGAGUCCAGGCUUUUCUGUAGGUGUGCGUUUGCUGUUUUCCCUACAAACAACUUGGUGGGAUUUCACAUAGCUUGAUCUAGGCUUUCUUCUCAAGAAAUCAAAGAAAAACUGAAACAAGAGACCACAGUUCAGGUAUUCUCUCUUUUAGAACUGGAUGGUAUAAAUCUCAGCGGAGACAGGAUAUUUUGUAGUGCUUCCAUCUUUUUCUUGGAGAACCCACAUGUACAAAGUUUAGCUGUCGAAAGCCUAGAAUUUUUUGCCAGCAUUAAGUUACAACCUGAAUUGAGCACUAUAUCUGAAGAUGGGAAUGAAUACCAGUUGAGGAAAGAGAGCACAGUUCCUAUUGUUUGUCCUAUUGGAUUCAGUGAGCUCGAUCAGGAGUGCAACAUCUCAUUAAAACUGACAACUGUUGAUCAAGGUACAGAACAGCUAGGCUUAAAUUUGGCACUGUCUUCCUGUCCCGUGGACCUUCACCAGACAUCAUCCUGUGCUACCGGAACCUGCACAAGCUUUGUUUACUAUACUGUGGUUACAGAUUUUUCACAAGAUGGGAAUAGAGUCACAAAUAUUGUAGUAGAACCUAGAGUUCAUGAGAAUUUCCUGUGGAACAGCUACAUUUCAGACAGCAUCCAGAUCAGAGUGAAAGAUGUCCCAGCUGCUUAGUGCUAUUCAUUUACUGAUCCAAUAAUCACCUUUGAUGGCAGGAUGUAUGAUAACUUCAAGAAUGGAACAUUUGUGCUUUAUAAGAGUAUGCCACAUGAUUUUGAAGUCCAUGUACGUCAGGGGGACUGUGGAAGUUUUCACUAUCCUGUGUCAUGUAACUGCAGCUUUGUUGCCAAAGAAGAAGGUGAAGUAGUUACUUUCGAUAUGUGCAGUGGUCAGCUGCAUGAAUCACAGCCAUAUUUAUUUGUAAAGAGCCAAGAUGUAACCAGCAAUAUCAAGAUAAGUGAACAGUAUACGGACGCAGGGGUAGGCAGUGAAGCGGAGCAGAGAGCACUUCCUGCCCCAAGAAUGUCAGGUCAGCAUGCUUACCAGGACAAUCACCAGGACGCGGUUUGCCGCACCCUUGAGUCAUGGGGCAGGUUCUGGUCUCUGCUCUGCCAGGCUGCAACAGAAAGUUUAAGUGAAUGUUUUUAUAGCAUUGAGAUGAACAAGGUUCCUGAGAUUAUAGAAUUUGAGAAUGCUGGAUUCUGUAAUAUUUGAAAAUAUAACUGUGUGUUGGUGAAAGUUUUGGGUCAAGGCUUCAAAGAAUCACCUUCAAUUAAAUGUGAAGUUACUAAACUUCAGUUUAAUAGCAGUAAACGGGUCCUUGAAGAAGCCCUCUACACAUACACUGUUUUUCAAAACAGCAGGACUGUUGACUGUCAGUUGCCUGCUGAUGUUCAGCAGUUUAGUACCAUAGAUAUGAUGGGUGAGAAACCAAUCAUGAAGUGGCAAAUAAAGGUAAAGAAUGAUGGUUAUAGGUUCAGUAAUCCCAAAAUAAUGAUCAUAUAUGAUGGAGCUUGUCAAGUUUGUGGUCUCUAUGAAAAGGACUUGUGUACUAGAAAGGAAAAUGUUUGCAUUAUCAAUGGACUCUGCUACAUUGAAGGGGAUAAAAAUCCUACCAGCCCUUGUUCAAUUUGUAGAACUAAAAUUUCAAAAUUUAAAAAUCAACCCCCAGUGAUUCAAAUUGGGCAAUAUAAAUUACAGACAUUUUCUGGGGAGAACAUUGUGUACCAUUUCACAGCUUUUGAUCCAGAAGGCUCUGACAUUCAUUUUAUCUUGGACUCCGGCCCCAGAGGAGCAAAUAUAUCCUCUGCAGGACUUCUUAUGUGGAAAACAAAUUUACAAACCCCCCAGAAAUUUACCCUGCACAUUAAUGAUGACUGCAGUGCUGAAACUAGAGUCAUGAUUGAGGUGACUGUGAUGUCUUGUGAUUGCUUACAUGGGGGAUUGAUGUCUGACACUAAAUUUCCUCCAGGAAGUGGAACAUACCUAUGUGUCUGCCUGCCUGGUUUUCAUGGAGAUCUUUGUGAAAAGAAUGUCACUGAAUGCCAAUUGAACCCCUGUGGUCUUGUUAGAUGCAUUAGAGGUUUACACAGUUAUUCUUGUAAUUGUUCACCUGAGCUCAAAGUUGAAACACACUUUUUAAAUGAAUUUACUGCACAUACUGUGGUUCUCACAAGGUCUGACAACAGUGUAACUAAGGAAGAGGAUGGUAUAUAUGCCAAUUAGAGACAGAGGAAUGUUAAGCCAAAAAAUGGAAAUGCCUUUAUUAAGUAAUUAUUUUAUUGUGGUGUAAACAGAGAGUGUGUUGCCCCAAACAUAUGCAGAUAUAAACCUGGUUACACUGGUUCUGACUGCCAAACUGAUUAACCAUGAGCUUUAUUUUGUACAGCUGUAUGUCAUCCUGACUGCAAAAACCAUGGAAAAUGUAUUAAGCCUAACAUCUGUGAAUGUCCCCCAGGACAUGAUGGAACAACCUGUGAUGAAGCUAUCUGCCAGCCUCCCUGUAAGAAUGGUGGUCACUGCAUGAGAAAUAAUGUGUGCACCUGUCCUGAAGGAGACACUGGUAGGAGAUGCCAAAAUAGUAUCUGUGUUCCCAUGUGCAUUAAUGGAGAAAAGUGUGUGGGACCAAGCCUUUGCUCUUGUCCUUCUGGCUGGACAGGGAAACAGUGCAAUACAUCAAUCUGCUUUCAGAAAUGUAAAAAUGGUGGUGACUGUAUUGCUCCCAGCAUAUGCCACUGUCCUACCACAUGGGCAGGAGCACAGUGUCAAAUACCAAUUUGCAAUCAAAAGUGUCUUUAUGGAAGCAGAUGUGUACUCCCCAACAUAUGUUCUUGCCUCACUGGAGAACAAGAAUACUCUGGAGUCAAAAGUGAAAAGAAUAUACAGAUGGAAUUAGCAGCGUUUCACCUGCAGAUGGUGCUAGAUCCUCAUUUCCCAGAUAGCACACACGCAAUGCAAACCGACCACUGGGAAGCCGUGUGCAGAGGCCUCGCGCUCAGCAAUUCGGUCCACAGUUCUCAGAGUGCAAUGGCGACCCCUGACACCUCAGUUCAAGAUGGCGGCGAUGGGCUGUGCACAGAGGUGCUGCGCCUGCGCUCCCGGGAGCCGCCAGCAGCCAACAGCAUGCCUGGGUCAGUCUGCGAGAACUCCGCCCCUCCCUGCUAA